AUGGCAUCACAAGCAGGACAACAUCUUUCAAAGCUUUUGGCAUCUUCAUUCAAGGCAGCACCACCAAGUUCAGUACCAGAGAUUGUUAUUAGCAAGCUCGAUGGUUUGGUCAAUUGGGCUCGUACAGGUUCAUUCUGGCCAAUGACCUUUGGUCUUGCAUGUUGUGCAGUAGAAAUGAUGCACGGUUACGCUGCUAGAUACGAUAUGGAUAGAUUUGGUGUCAUUCCUCGUGCUUCACCACGUCAAUCUGAUUGUAUCAUCGUUGCUGGUACUCUCACCAACAAGAUGGCUCCUGCUCUUCGUAAGGUUUACGAUCAAAUGCCAAAUCCAAGAUAUGUAAUUUCUAUGGGUUCAUGUGCCAAUGGUGGUGGUUAUUAUCAUUACAGUUACUCUGUUGUCAGAGGUUGUGAUCGUAUUAUUCCAGUUGAUGUUUAUAUCCCAGGUUGUCCACCAACUGCCGAGGCUUUUGUUUAUGGUAUCCUCCAACUCCAAAAGAAGAUUCAAAGAGAACAAGCUCUUCUCACAUGGUGGAGAAAGUAA